CGAUAGUCGUACCUUUUGAAAAAUUCUACCAUGCUUAUAAUAUACUAUACUAGACUUUCCACCGAAUUUCCACCAGAAUAAUACCAAUACAAAGUUCCACAGACAGAAGCUAUAUUGCAGAGCCGCUUUAGUACGAAGCCCCAGCUGUGUUACAUCACUGCACUACAAAAACGUUAAAUUAUUUGGGAGUAGAGAAGUUUUGCGCGGAAAAUCGUAGCGUGUUGUGUUGUUUGAGGUCGAUCGGUUUUUCUUUCCUAUAGUUUGCUUGCCUGCGCCGCCGCCUGCCUUGCUCUGCCGCCGGACUGUCACAACACAUGUUUGUGCCGUGCCACACACAAUACACAAUAGAGAGAAAAACACAAACAGAGUAGUCGGCGCGUUAGUUUUUCCAUUUCCACUUGGAGCGGGGGCCCGUCUCAGUCUCAUUCUAGUUGUGAUUUGUAGGAAGUAAGUUCUCUAGUGAAAAAGUAGUCAAAUAAAAUAUAUAAUAAUUCGAAACGAAUAUCGGGACAACACAAAUAAUACAACAGUAAACGAAAACACCACCAGAAUAGUAGUGGAACAAACCCGCGAAUCGUCCGUUAAAUCAACGUACCGUCGCGAUUGAGUAACCGUACGAGUAAUUUAACGCAACAUAAUGUGUAAUGUGUGUGAGCAACCACAACAAUAAAAGUCAAAAAUAUCUUCGGACGCGGGGAAGGACGCAGCGGCCACUAAAUAACGAUUUCGAGAACUAUCAACCACAACAACAGCGACAAAAGUAACAGUAACACCAACACCAACAACAAAAACAACAACAACAAAGGAAUCUGUGUGGGAAGCGUCAACUACAGAUAUAUAUAUAUAUAUAUAUAUAUAUAUAUAUAUAGAUAUAUAUAUAUAUAUAGCCAGCAGAUAUAUAUAUUCUUUCGACGAGCAAUAUAGUUGUAAUAUAUAGAAUAAAUAUAUAUCACAAACGGAGGAACAGAGGGCAGUGACAGAUACAGAUACAGUUAUAUCUGCAUCCUGCUCCACAUCCAUUCACUGUACAUAUAACAACAGUUGUUAAAAACACGUUAUCAACAGUAGCAGCAGCAGUCGUCGUCUAAUAGAGUCAGUCAGUCAGUGCUACCCCACAUUCGUAUCCUUUUGAAGAAGGAACGGUUUUGCCACAGAGAAGACACCGAUUUGGCCAGCGCGCACCCCCAACGACAAACAACAGCCUCAAGAUUCUUCCAUUUGGGGCCAACUUCCGUCUGGAGACGACACCCGCUGAGAUGCACAAAAUAGCGGCACAGCCGCCAACCUCAGCGCCAGCCGGCGGACUGGAUGCCCCACUGGCGGCGCCCAAAUAUGGCACAUUGAUACCAAAUCGUAUAUUUGUGGGAGGAAUAAGUGGCGAUACCACCGAAGCAGAUUUGACGCGCGUCUUCAGCGCCUACGGUACGGUGAAGAGCACCAAAAUCAUUGUGGAUCGUGCUGGUGUGAGCAAGGGAUAUGGCUUUGUCACAUUCGAGACGGAGCAGGAAGCGCAAAGACUGCAAUCGGAUGGUGAGUGCGUGGUUCUACGUGAUCGCAAAUUGAACAUUGCACCGGCCAUCAAGAAACAGGUAUUCCUCUUCGAACAGCCCAAUCCUCUGCAGUCGAUUGUGGCCGCAAAUGGAGCUGUUUACUACACAACCACGCCGCCGGCACCGAUUAGCAAUAUACCGAUGGAUCAGUUUGCAGCCGCUGUAUAUCCGCCAGUUACUGACUUUACAGCCGCUGGAGUUCCAGCCAUCUACCCACCUUCAGCCAUGCAAUAUCAGCCAUUCUAUCAGUACUACAGUGUGCCAAUGCAGAAUGUACCCACCAUUUGGCCGCAGAACUAUCAAGGAAUUUAUCCAUGUUAACUUUUGAGAGGAUGCAGACAGCCAGAAAGAGAGAAAGCAACAAUAGGUGAUGCUACUACUACUAAAAACUACAACAACAAAUCAACAAGAACAACAACAACAAUAGUAAACUACAACAGCAACAACAACAACAAAAGCAUCAAAUAGAGUUUAACACACGCAUACACGCACACACACACGGACACACACAGCAGCUGUAAUUUCGCAAAAUGUUUAGUCAAAGAAAAUCAUUUUGGAAGGAAGUGAAGGAAAGGCAGCUCCCCAAGCACACACACACACACACACACAUACACAUACACAUAAAUACAGGUGCAGGUGCAGAAGGGAAAACUGAUGGGGAAAUUUGUGUAAAGUAAGCGGCUUAUCUUAUUAAAAGUACAACUACUGUAUCUGUGUGGCCUGUGCGUGUGUGUGUGUGUGUGUGUGUGUUGGGGCAAACAUUUAUGAUGUGCAAUUAGCGGAGAGCAGUGGCGGGUCAGUGGCUUACUGACCAAACUGCACUACCGAAAAGUCAGUUGCAGAGAAAUGAGAAAUGGGCAUGGGAUUUUGUGCAGUGAAAUUCCCCAAAACGGACAGGACUUAUACGAAAUAUGUAUGUACGUAUGUCUGGUUGGCUAUAAGGGGGAGUUUCAACUGUAUAUACAUAUAGCGAAUGGAUGGAUGUUGAUGGGAAUAGAGAGGGAAUAGCAGUUGAAGAACACUGAAACAAUAUUUAAAACUAUACUAUAAAUACAUAUACAUAUAUGGAUAUGAUACUUACUACAGACAUAUAUACAUAACUGGAUUAUACAGAGGCAGCAAAUGUGAAAAGUACGCACGCACACGCACACAGAUACACCGAAACACCGAAACAAACAUACAGACACACACACACCCAAACAGACACAGAAUAUAUAUUAUAGAGAAUAACGGAAUACAACAAAAUUGCAUACAUAUAUAUGAUAUAUAGGGUAUCUACAAUAUAUGGUAGCUAAGAGAAAAGAAGAGAAGAGAAGAUAAGAUGGCAGGGCAGCGAUCGAAGAUUAAAGACAUAAUAUUAUGCAUAAAUUAAUUUAUAUAAAUAUAUACAUACAAUAUAUAAAAAAAAUAUAUAUACAUAUAUAUAACUGUAACUGUAAACUGGUAUACUGUUACACACAGACAGACAUACACAUACAGCGAUACAAAGCAAAAACAGAGGAAUGGGAAAAUGGCGUAAGGAAAUGAAUUAGCAAAGUAGACGACGGACAAAGUCACAGCAAAAACUACGCACACACACACACACACACACACACACACACACACACACACACACACACACACGAACACACACGCAACCCACAAACACAGAAGAGAGAGAGAGAGAGCGCCGCCUCUCUCUGAUCUAAGCACUACUUGCGAAAAUGGAAAAACUGAACGAAAAACAAACCCAAACCUUAGUCUAAACGAAAAAAAAAUAAACAAUAUAAAUAUAUAUAUAAAUAUACAUAUACAUAUAAAUAUACUAAUAAAAAUGCAAGAGAGAUGCAAAUGUUAGAUCUAGUUACAUAAGCCAAGCAAAAAGUGAACUAAAAAACGACGAUGAAGAGAAAGAAGAAAAAAAGAAAGAAAAAGAAGAAAGAAACAAAAAAAAAACAAAUACACUAUACAAUAAAGAUAUUAAAAAUAUGAUGCGAAAAACAUACACAAAACGCUCACAUAUACCAUAUACAUAUGUAUGGAUGUAUGUAUGUAUGUAUGCGAGACAUAUACAUGUAUACUCGUAUAGAGAGACUAUUCAAAAGCUAAACUCAAAGCUCUAGCAAAAUGGAAAAACAAAAACAAAAAGCGAUAAGUAAAUAGUUAAAGAAUAAAUACAAAAAACAAAAACAAACUCAAGCAAUACAUUGACACUCAUAGGUGUGUGUUACACAAGAAUAUAGUUAAAUAUAUAUAUAUAUAUGUAUAUAUACAUAUAUGUAUAUAUAUAUAUAUAUAAAACGAAGAAUAUAUAAUAAUUGAACAGCAAUUUAUAAUAAAAGAAUGAAAUCUAAUGUACGUCAAGAAAAAAUGCGAAAUCUGCAAGAAUGUUGUUUUACGAGUAUCAUCUCUGUUUUUUCUACCGUACUUACAAUACAUACCCCGAAGUAAACGUAAAACAUUCUGUUGUAUCUACAUAUUGUAUUGUUAUAAUGAUAAUGAUGAUGAAUCAAAAACAGGAAUAUCUGAGUGUUUGUUAACCCAAAAAAAAUUGUUUAAAUACGAAUCUGAAUGGGCAACAUUUGCGGGGGCAGACUGUAAUGUUGUAGUGUGCUAGUGUCCUGACCGGGUCGGAGGAGGAGGGCAGCGGCGGCUGCGACUGGAGAUUGGAGAUUGGCGAGCGAGAAUUCCAUUCAAAAUUGGUGCAUAAUUUGGCUGAAAUUUGAAAUAAAUAUUCAUAUUAUAUAUAUACUCGUACGUGUAUGCCUUAUUGAACGAAACAAAACAAAGAAAAAUUAUUUGCCCCAUUGUAAAGAAAAGAACAUAAUAAACGAGAACCCAGAGGUUUCAAAAAUACCUGCUAAACAACAGAGGUCGCCGGGGAGUCGCCACAGAAACCAGCCACCGGCGCACCAGAAUAUCAUAGAAAAGCCCCUACCUCCAAAAAGUCAGUCCACCGCACACUGCCACGCUGCCGCCGCAAAUGCAAAACUGCAAUUUGGAUUCAACAAAUUGUUGAGAAAUUUUUACUAAAUUGUUAAAUAGUUAAAUACAAAACGAAACAUUUUUAAAUCGAAUCGUAACAAUAAUUAGGAAUCACACGAUGGAAAACGAAAGCUAACCCAAACAAAAUGUAACGAAAUGGAAAGCAAUAAUU